AUGGACUUCAUGCGCUCCGUCUGGCGCGGCACCCCGGCGGCCACCAACGGCACCCUCACCGUAUCCGACACCUUCACCAUCAAGGGCACCUACUGCACGCCCAAGGACACCACCACCGAACCCAAAGCCCUCCAGGUCCUCGUCCACGGCAUCACCUACAACAAGACCAUGUGGGCGGGCAUGGGCUUCUCGCCCGCCGACUACAGCUGGCACACGGCAGCGACCUCCCGCGGCUACGCGACCCUCGCGCUCGACCGGCUCGGCCACGGCGCCAACCCACAACGCCCAGACCCGCUCUCCGUCGUCCAACCCCAAGUCCAAAUCGACAUCAUGCACGAGAUCUUCGCGGGCGCGCGCGACGCCGCCUCGCCGCUCAACAGCGUCCUGGGCCGGGCGUACGACAAGGUGGCAUUCGUGGGCCACUCGUACGGGGCGUUCCUGGGCGCGGCGCUGGGCGCGCAGUACCCUGCUGAUGCUGACGCGCUGGUGCUGGCCGGCUACAGCAGCUACUUUGACUUCUCGGAUAUGAUUGAGGCGUCGUGGGCGAGCGCGGCGGACCACGACCCGGCGCGGUUCGGGGCGGAUUUGGCGAAGGGGUAUGUUGUCAUGACAGACGAGACGCAAAGGACGGAGACGUUCUAUGUGGGCGGGUAUGAUGCGGCGAUUCCGCCGGUGGACUUUGCGUAUGAGGAUACGCUGACGGUGGGGGAGAUUGGGGCGUUGGCGGCGAUCCUGGGGCCGGCGGUUGGGUACACGGGCCCGGUGCUGGCUGUGACGUCGGUGGAGGAUGCCUUCUUCUGCGAGACGCCCAAGGAGAAGUGCGAGGAGCACUUGAUUGCGACGGCGGAUGCGUUCCCGGAUGCGGAGAGCUAUGACUACUUUGCGCCUGAGAACACGGGGCACGACUUGACGCUGCAUUACACGGCGGGGGAGACUUUUGAGAAGGUGCAUGAGUGGUUGGAUUCGAAGUUGUGA